GAGACAAUAACGUCAAUCGUGACGACCUUAAAAACCCGAAUCUCAAAUAAAUACGACUCAGUGACCUAUUCCUGCCCACUACAGAUCGCACCUCAUCAUCUACAUCUAUAUAUUUCAUCCGACAACCUCUCGCACUUCAAAUUCAAAAUGCAACUUUUCAAAUUAUUCCUUGUUGCAUUUGCCGUAAUUGUACUUGGAAAUGUACAAGCACAAACUGACUUUGAUCAAGGCCUCCGCUACUUUUUGCAAGAUACUAUGCUAGAAUUUCCAUCCUGGGUGACAGAACGAGGCCUCGACCCCACACCCCAACUUUGGCGAAGAACCAUCUUGGAAAUUGGUGGCCCCAAUUUUACUCUGAGCGGUACCCUAAACAACAUUUCUUUGACGGGUCUCUCCUCCGAAGUAAAACUUGUUGACACUAGCCCCGUCUCAACUUCGUUCAGCCUCGUUUCAUUCUAUUUACAUGUCUCCGUUGGAGGCUUGUCUGGAACGUAUAAUGCAUCCGGAUCCAUUCAUGGCUUACCAAUCGGGGGCGACAGUGUUUUUGACAUCGCCUCAAAUUCUUUCAGUAUCAGAUUUUCCGAAAAGUUUCAAAUAGAUCAAGGAUUUAUCCGUCUCCUCCCCAAUAAUUAUUUUACUGCGGAUUCAGAGUUUUUCUUUGGUGGGUCAAACCUCUCAAUAAUUGGUACCUUUAGCGAUAUGUUCAACACGGAAACGGUACAGUAUGAGCAACAAGUGCUGAAAAGGAUUUCGGAGGAGAUGCCAUUUUGGGUCUUUGGUUAUGAAAGUCCGAGUGGAACUAUUAAACUUUUCUAUAAUUAUAUUUACGAUUUCUUGGUGGCUAAAUUUGCUGAAACACCUCUGGCGGAUGUUAUCAAUUGGCCAGGACCACCCACUACUCCGCCGCCAACAACACAGGAUCCUUGUGAAACUCCGGCUGAAAUGACCAGCUUUGCAAAAUGGGUGGUAUCCAAUUAUCCUCAAUUGUUGCAAGAAUACGAGAGAACCAUGUAAAUAAAUAUAUGCAAUAAUUGCGGAUUUAUUUAUAUGCUACCCAUGAGUUAAUUGUUGGCAUAAAUAAAAUUAAGUAAAUGUAGA